UAAACGCCGCCGUUUAGUCAGAAUAUAUAUUAGCUUCACUUUUUACCUCUUCUCUUCAGAUCACUCCUUCGACACUCGCUGAUUUCUCGCUUUGCGGUAGCUUAUAAACCAUGAGGCCAUCGGUGAAUCGUCCUCCAACGCCAGACGUACAAGAAAAUCAAGAAAAAGAACCAACGCUUCAAGAAACUAUUAAUAUCAAGUUGAUUGAGAGCGGAGAAAAGGAGCGAUUAAUGGAGCUUUUGAGGGAAAGGCUUGUAGAGUGUGGUUGGAAGGAUGAAAUGAAAGCUAUUUGCAGGGCAUUUAUAAAGAAGAAAGGGAGAAAUAAUGUUACAGUGGAUGACCUUGUGCAUGUAAUUACUCCAAAGGGCAGAGCCUCCGUUCCUGAUUCUAUAAAGGCUGAACUGUUGCAAAGAAUUCGUAAAUUCCUUGUGUCGGCAGCUCUCUGAUACGCCAGCAUUGUUGUCUAGCAUGAGCUCUAUGAAAGUUACAAAAGUUGAAUCAUAAGAAGCCUUUGUUCAGCGAGCAGAUACUAGGUUUCUAGGGGUUGAGACAGCUGUAAUUUCUGGAAGAGGUAGCCCAAUGCUUGAGAAAAGUUUCAUCAUUUUAUUGCUGUUAUUGUAGGAAGUGGUUCCUUAUGCUUGUAAUAAUACUUCUUAAUGACAAAUACUUUAAUCGGUCCACUGUUGGAUCUUUGUAUGUCCUCUAUUCUAUGUUCAGCUUGCGAAUUUGGGUAA